AUGCAGCCUACUUCACACCUCAACAUGACGUUACCGUCUAAGGAAGAGGCGUGUCGGAGUGCGGUCGAUGGCCUCGUGCAGGUCCUCGCUGUCCAGGAACUUCAAGCUGCGGCGCAGGGGACGUCGCCGCCGACUGAAAACUCCGUUCUGGCCAAGCUCGCCUCGCUAGAGGAAACACUUCAGCAGAACAGCCGUCUGGCGCGCGAUCACGCCACGAUACUGCUAAGCAAGCUCCGGGUUGGAUUCCCUGCCCCCGGUGCAAGCGGAGGGGGCAGCUGCAAUCCAGCUGCUCUGCCGAAAAUAGUGGACUUUCCAACGUUUGUUCAUCAGUCCCGUCUUGUGCGCGAACGGGUGCAGCGUGUGGUUGUCACCCUCGGUAGCGUGCGGAAUGUUCGUCUGCUAAGUGAGGCCUCGACUGGACGGCACCUUAUAACAGAGCGCGCCUCCGUGGCUGUUACUGAGCUGCUAGGCGUCCUCCUCGCGCUGGAGGCGGCGAUGGCCGGAACCCCGGCGCCGCUCGUGGCUGGACGCAGCACCGCCCGCGCACGGUAUGUUGUACGUGAUGCUCGCUGCUCCUCCGGGAUUUUAGGUGCGACGGCAACAGAGGCUGCCCACGCGGCGGCAGACACGUUGCUUGUGGAUGCGGGGCAGAGAGAGACACCAGCAAAGCCCACUUCCAUAGUAAGUAGGCCGCGGAAAGGAGAAACUGGUAAAGACCCUCAACGGGGCACGACGGCCACCCCUUCAAACCUCGCGGGGGAGAGAAAUGGCGAGGUAAACGACAAUAAGAGCGGCGAGGAACUUAAACCAGCCCGGAAUUUUCCUGGGCGGAAACCGGUGCCGCCCCAUGAAGCGGAAGCGAACGAGGAAUCCGGUCCCAUGGCAACGCCCAAAAAAUCCACAGUAGACACCCCUCGCUCUUCCCCCUCUUGCCUCUCCGCCUCUUCUUCGCCCAGCCACCUUGAUACGGGUGAGCGUAUUCCUAUUCGCAAGGGGGAUUCCAGUGCACUGGCGCCAACGUAUGUAGCUGCGCACAGCCGAAUAUUUCGAGGAGAACUCUGGCGGGAGCUUUUGCGCAAAGAGGAUGCCGUUGUUCCCCCACGAUGGAAAGAACUUUUCAUACAAGACGUAGGAGCACUGUUUGGGAUUCCGCAUGAGUGGGUGUCCGAUGUUCGGCUGGUGAAUGAGCAGGUGACGUCGCUGACUGGUGGAGAUCAGAAGGUGACGUUUAAGGUGCGCCUUCCCUUAUCGCUUGAGGAAAAUGAAGUGCAUACAAGGAUUCAACAACACGAAUUUAUGAGCAUGCUGCUUCUCUACGAAGAGCUCCAGAGGGACAGGGAUGAAGACGCGGAGGAGCAGGAGUCCAAACGAAUUGUAGAAUAUGGCGCGAACUCCUGCACGUUGUCGGCAAACGAUGAUGUUUCUAGAUCCGUGUCCCCCUCCGACUUUUCAGACACUGCUGCCCCAAGUAGCGACGUAGAAAGCAGUAGCAGCCGUAAUGGAAUUGCCGCCGGUGGUGGUUCGCCUAAUUGCGGCAACAACGAAACCUUGCAGAAGGCUUUCGCAGCUUUGACUUCCACCGAGACCCUGUCACGGGAUUCCUUGGUUAUUCAGGAAAAGUAUGGGCGCAAAAUUGCCAUGAGAGCGUUGCCACAACGUCAACCGUUGUCUGUACAGGGGCGGCAGGGGGCAAUAAGGCCGUCCCAUGCAUCGUCGCAGCAGCAGCGCAACCGCGUGGAAGAAAAGACGACGCCGUCUGAGACGUGCGAGGUAGCGGGGAAAGACUUCGCUCCUAAAAGUCUCGACGCAGUUCCGCGGCGCGGGUUGCCGCCGCUGCCCCCGCGGACCGCCACGCCCCCAUGCCUAGACCCCGCCUCCGCGGCAACGCCAGAGAGGGGAAAGACGGGGAUGGCUUCUCCACCGUCAUCGCCAUCGCCCGUGCGGAAUGGCUGCGAGAUCCUCCAUGCUGCUGGACACCAAGAUUGGGAUAUUUUCCGUAACUCUGCUUCCUCACCAGACUCGAAGCUGGCAGCGAGUUCAGAACCGGGGAAUGCAUUGGGCCCAAAAAAAGCAUUGGAACCAACCGUGCAGUGGCUCUACACCUCCCAUGAAAAGUACAUCACCGGAGAACACUGGGAUCUUGUCCUUGCAAAGGAAGAAAACAAGCUGCGGCGCACCUUUACGGCGGAGUUGGCCGCCUUGUUUGAGCUUCCCAAAGAGAAUGUGCGGGCACUGAAGUUUACACUUGGCGGUCUUCACGCCACCUUUGAGCUUAUGCAUGAUCGUUACUUAAAGGAGACGGAGAUUAACGCGCUCAUCAGGGUUUUUGACUUUCCGCAGGUCCGCAGUCUUUACCAGCGCUGCAUGAAGGACUUCAACGCAUCUCCCCCAUGCCUCGCUGACAACGUGAAUGGAGACGGCAACGAACUGAGAAACACCAACUCACCUGAUGUACGACGACAGGCGUCUCCGACAAGAGGCGGAACAGCUACAACCACGAGCCCGCUCCGCAAUGUACGUGCCGAGAAGACUCCGUGUACGCUUGCGGGUGAGGAAUAUACCAUUUCCUCUCCAUUGCAGCAGCCUCCUCCACGCUCGCCGGACAAUUCGUUGCUGGAAAACGCUGCUUCUCCCGACAAUGAGCCCGUCACAUUUGCUCAUUUGGCCCUUGUACAUGAUUUACCAGUGGAGGCACUUCUGAGGGCGAACCCGCAUCUUGCAGCCUUUGGCGCCAAGGAUGCACUUCCUUCCUCGACGCAGAUUGUGAUUCCGCGACCCACGUCAGACGAUGAGGAAGACGCCGAGGAGCGUAGUUCGCGUGGUACAACUCCGUCCGCGGUGGGCCAAGCUGCCCCGGCGAUAAGCACCUCCGGUGAGGGGGACAAGGCCAGCUCAAAAUUGCUUGCGGGGAUGAAACGUCCCGAGGGGAAGCUUCGUGUGGGUGUGCAGGCAUUGGGGCAGCAGAGCUCGCUGCCCGAGCCCGGCGGAGACGCACAGUCGCGUCUAGGAACUUCUUCCACCAAUGUUCCUGUCCAGCUGUUAGCGGGCGCAGAUUUACUCGCUGCUGUUUCUUCUGGCCGUGGCAGUAAAAAAAUCCCCGCCAUGCCCCGUGCCGUGCGGGGUUUGGGGGCCAUGACAGCUACUACCGCAGGGCACGCCGAGGAAACGAAGAGCGCAGGAGGGGAGCUAAAAGGUGCUUCACAGUGGCAGCCGGCUCAGAUGACGGAAACUAAGCAGGAGCAGAUGUUGACGGCGGGUACAAUGCAACAAGAACGCUCUCAACACGUGCAGGAGUCUUUGCAGUCAAGACGGGUCAUGACACAGCGCCCGCUUCGGCAAUCUCAGAGCCAGACACCUUACCUGAGUAACUCCUUUCAAAUUCCCGUGUCGCAGCCUUCUUCCAAAAGGAAGAACGCCGCUGUUCGGACGGGUGACGCGGUGGUAUUGAUGCUGCGCUCGGUCGAGCAGUUUGUUCUUCUUCGUUUUUUUGCCAAGUGGCAGUAUAUUGCGCAACUACGUAAAGUACCACGCGCAUCGCUGGCCGUGCAGGGAGUGUCGUUGAAUGGGAGCCAAACGAAGUCACCGGUGGAGACGGAGCCGUUUACUUCUCCGUCUCAGAGACCAAAUCCAGGUGGGGUUCUGACUCCCCGAAAUGCCUUGUCGCCAAAAACUGAGGCGGCGUUAGGUCAAAGUGCAGGAUUCAUUGCGAAAACAAUGGAGGCCAUUGCACGGACGGCAAACCGAAGUGUGUCGGCGCAAGAGACUGAGUACCGCAUUUCAUCUGGAGGAGCGGCAGACACGUCUCCCAAGCAGCAACACCUCCUGCAGAGAGGAGUUUAUGGGGCUCGUGCGAAGUAUGUGCCUGCGCUUAGGAUAAUAGCUGGUGGUGAGCAAAUUAGGCAGUCACCGCUGCAAUAUACUCCUGAGGAUGCUAUAACGUCGCCUCUCACGCACUGUGGUUACUGCGAUACUCCACGUCUUAGUUUUGGUGAGAUGGGCAGCAACCACUCUCGUUCUCGUGCGUCAUCUACUGACAUGGAGGUCAAUGGUGUGUCUGAUUCGGCGAUGGCAGAGCGGUCUCCCUUAGGAAUCCAUAUUUCUUCGCUGCUGACUAUUAUUGAGGCGCAUGGGGAGGCGGAAGCAGCUGGGAUCGAGCGCGGCGACCAACUGCGGGAGAUGGAGGGGAUGCGAGUGCGAACGUUAAGGGACGUCCGGAAUGUACUGGCAUCCGUGGGCGGAACACAUGUUUGUCUGGGGAUUCUAAAGAAGGCAGUGCCGCUCUUACAGCAAUCCGCCUCCGGCGAAGUUGGAGGGACGCAAUUGAGAGUGAGGCGGCUGCGUCAAGGAGCACGUCAGCCUCAGAGCCCAGAAUUGCCCCCAUGUUUGAAGAAGCGCGGGGUGGUUCUAGUGGACUCCGCUACGAAGCAGGCGCGUGGUGAGUUUGUGCCAGAGAGGGAAGGCAGGAGCCAAAUCUCCCCGCCAACAAACUUCAACGCGUGGGCCAAGUGGCGCAUGAGCCAUGCGGACAACGUUGCAGGGGCCGCCGACACGCGAGCAGCAGCGGCACCGCGGAGAAACCCAGUAGUAGUACCGCUCCCCCCGGACGCACAGCAGGCGGCAUCUCCAGCAGCAUGUGCAACCGCAGCAAUCGGGCAAACCAUACAAUAUAUAUCUAUACAUAUAUAUGUCUCAUUUGUGUUUGUUAUGCUUUCAUUUUUACUUGGUGACGUUGUUCGAUUGGGUACGAUGACGGCGCCCGAGUGGCUGGAGGAUACCAUGGGCUGA